AUGUCGCAGUCACCAUGGAUGUGGUGGGCUUUGGCAGCUGUGGCGGCGGCGGACACACUUUUGCACUGCGAAAUCAUGUGGCUGCCGCAUGUUACGAACGAACCAAAACAGGUAGCUGCGGUGAGCGGGCCAAGGUGUGCUGCUGCAGGCGGCAGCACCGCUGCUUGUUCGGGCGUCAGCCAGCGCCUGCUACUCUUCUCCAAUCUAGAGACCAAAGUCUGCAACUCCAGGCCCAGACUACUGCUAUUGAUGCCUUCAUCUUUAAGCUACCGCCGCAGGCAAGGGCAGGGCCAGGAGGAGAAGGCGGCAGAGACGGACUCAGAUUGUGCCUUCUGCCUUUCCGCGGUCCGCGACGGCGAGGAGGUGCGCGAGCUGCGGUGCCACCACUUCUUCCACCACGCCUGCAUCGAUGCCUGGCUCGUCCGCCCGCGCGCCACCUGCCCGCUCUGUUGCGAUCGACUCCUCCCCGCCGACGUUCCGCUCACCAGCGAGAGCGGCUACAACCGCCUCUCCUCGUCGGCCUCCGCCUACACCCACGGCGGCGCGAUCUGGUGGCAUAUGACAUGA